AAAACGUUGAGUUCUCGAAAUUUUUUUCGUUCCCUUUGUUUGUGUGGAAUAAUGAUAUAAAAAAAGAAGAAGAAAAAAGAAAGUAGAAAGAAGAAGAGAGAAUUAAAGAAGAAAAAAUAUGUCUGCAAAAUUGUUAAAGCAAGCGAUAGAAAUAGUGGAAGAGGAUUUGCAACCAAUUCCAAAUAAAAAAGCAAAACAGUCGAAAGAGGCCACAGAUGCACGUACGCGUUUUAAAGUCCAUGGUAAAAAGCAUGUAACUUUGCAAAAGCAGAUAGUCAGUGGCAAACAUGGCGAAAAGAAGAAUAUCGCUAUUCGGGAAGAACUUAAAACUAAUAACAAAAAAGCUGAAGAGAAUAUAAAACGGCUAUUAGCCUUAUCUAUGAAUUCAGUAAAAGUGAAAGAUGCCGAGAAGAUUGUCCGACAAGCUCACAAAGGUCGUUACGUGGAAAAGACGCUUCCUAACAUAGAGCAAGAAUCAAUAUUUACUGAAGAAGACUUUCGAGCUUUUGAAGAGGAGUACUUUAAUUCAUAACAAAGUAUUAUACUAUACAAACGGAGGGAACGAAAAGAACUUCUAGAACUCAACCUUUUUGACAGUUUAUCAACAUUUUCUUAACAGUUUAGAUCUACUUAACGAUCAGCAAUCUGGGCAA